AUGGCUUCCUCUUCUCUAACCCCCCUGAUUAUCACCACAGCUCUCCUUUUUCUUGUAUUCGCCAGCCCAGCAGCCGCGUUUGGAGCCGGUAACAUUGCCUCCAUCUCCAAAAUCGAGGGUGCCAACUUUCGUCAUGGAGAUAUCGAAGAUGUCCUGUUGACCCUCUACAUGGCUCGCUCUGCCGGUGGCCGAAAGUUCUCCAAGAUGGAUGUGAUGCACGUCUACUUCGGCAACUGGCUUCGAGACUACAGCCAGGCCGUAGACGUUGGUACUGUCAGACACGUCAGUGCCGAGGCUGUUCGUAUCCUUAUCUGGAUUCUGGGCUUCUUGACCUUUGGAUAUGGUGUUGACGAAUUCGAAGUUACCACUGACCGUCUUGGGUGCUACCAGCCCACCGAACACAUUGACAAUCCGCUAGGAUAUGCUGAUGGAGCCGAUGCAAGACGUUAUGACCGUCGUCUUCGAGGGCCCGUGGACAAACAACGGGAACUGUCUAUUGAUGAACGUACUGGCCUUAAACAUUACAUUGCUACUGAGGACAUUGGAAUCGAUACCUCAGCCGACCUAGUUAGGAGAGUUUUGGGAGGCUGCAUCAAGAUGGGUAGAGAACAUGCAAGCUCAGGCAACAAGGCGGAUCUCUAUGAGGCUCUUCGCCUGCUAGGUACUGGCCUGCACUGUUUGGAGGACUACGCGGCUCAUUCAAAUUACACAGAGCUGAGUCUUAUUGAGAUGGGUGAGCAAGAUGUAUUUCCCCACGUUGGUCGCAACACUAUGAUCCAGCUUCCUGGAUGUCGGCACCAGGUUUAUCCAAUUGUUACCGGAACUUUUGGCGGGGUGGACUUUCUUCACUCAGUCAUGGGAGAAUUCUCCGACAAGGCCACACAAUCCGAGAUUCAAUGCCUUGAGGGUGCUAUUGAGGAGACACAAAACCAAGGCAAUGCUAAAAGCUUCCUCCAAGAGCUAUUAGCUAAAAUUCCGUCCGGCAUCAUUGGAGGAAACGAGUCAGGCAAGAUGGACGAAUUCCAGAACAAUGCAGAAGCUCAGGCACAACAAGAAAAUAUUUCGCCGCAUGAACCUGAAGAGUGGACUCGCUAUCUUCAAGAUGUUACCCGGCAGGUAUACCCGGUUCUAGAAUGGCACGACAACCUCUUGAAAUCAAUCAGCAAGGCGAUUGAAAACAUUCCAGUUCUUCCGGAAUUGAUCGAGCAGAUUCAAGAGCAAAUCAACGUUUUUGUGUUCAGUGUCCUUGCCCCUUACGUUUUACCCAUCAUCAAUCAAGUGAAAGCGGAAUUGGAAACUGGCUCUUCUGAAAUUAUACAAAGCAGCAAGAAGGAGCAGCUCAACAUCUUCAGCGACGAUGAUGCCACCGAUCCAACUCACUCUAUGCUAUCAAAGGAUCAUUUCUCUAACCUGUUGAACGAACCAGCAGGUAAGAUUGCUCAGCAGGUAGUUAAAUGGGUUGUCCCUCAGAUCAUGGAAUGCUGGGAUGAUGAGAACAUCGAUGUGAAUCGCACAUUGAACAGAAUCAUUACUGGCGUUUUUCACCACCCUGCCCAUCGAGAUUUCGGUGAUGACGGAGCUGCAGAUGUGCGUCGAAUGAUGUUUGGCGUAGUCGAAGAAUGGUGGCAAGAAAGGGGUGACGAUGGGGUCAGAAGGCAACUAAGCCGAGAGGGUGUUAGGAACGGGGAGAAUCAUAAACCUGGCGUCCAAGACUGUGGCCAUGGAAGUGGAAAGCCUCUGAAACUGUCCAAAAAGUCCAAUAACGGCCAUGGUUCUAGCGGGCGAGGACGUCAAGCGAACGAAUUAAGCAAGCUUGCGGAAGAAGCUGUUGGGGGUGGUGCGAUUGGUGGUUUGGUGGGUGGCCUUGCAGGCGCCCUUGGACAAGCACUUGAGGAAGAUAAUUCCAGAAGAGAUGAUGGUCGCCAUGACUAUGGUAGUCAAAGUGGCCAUCAUAAAAAGUAUGAUCAACCCAGCUACCACCAGUCUGGAGGCUACCAGCAAGCAGGUGGAUACCAACAGCAAGGGGGAUAUCAACAGGGAGGGUACCAGCAGGGGGGAUAUGAGGGCCGUCAAUCUAGCUAUGGUCAGUCUGGCAGGUAUGAUCAGCCGUCUGAGACAAGAUACGGCCGCGAUACUGGCUAUGGCGGUGGGAAUAGCAGAGAAGAGGAGUCUAGAGAGCAAAGGGCCCAUGGAUCUAGGUAUGGCCAAUCUAGCGGAUUUGGAGGGGAGGCUAGUGAGUAUUACGGCCAGUCUCAAGAAUACUCUGGCUCUUCUGGCCGCUAUGGGGACCAAGAGAGCAGAUCCUCUCGACGAGACCAUGACUACUCUUCCGGUCGCUAUGAGGAUCGGGAUUCCCGGCCUUCCCGAGAGGACUAUGAAUAUUCUUCUGGCCGUCACGAAGAAGAGUCUAGAUACCACCGCGGAGGUGAUGAUUAUGGUCGGGGAUCGAGAAACUAUGAAAGUUCCCAUUAUGGAACAGACGAACGCCGCCGUAGCAGCCGAGAGAGAGACCACGAUCGUGAUGAUAGAUACGAGAGACGAUAUAAGAAGCAAAAUAGCGACGACGACGACGACGACGAUGAUGAUGAUGACGACGAUGAAAGGCGCCGUCGUCACCACAAGCACCACGGACGUCGUCGUUCUUGA